AUGGUUGAAUACUACUUCACCGAGGAGAACGUCACCACGUCUGAUUUUGAUGAAAAGAGUAAAAUGGUUCUAGAAUCUUUUCUGUCCAGAAUUGGUGAUAUAGCUAUCAAAUUUAAAUCACCACUAACUGUUUACUUACAUAACCUCAGUAGAUUCGAUGGGCUUUUAUUGCUAGACUACAUGAGAAAAAGUUGGGGAAAGAGGGGUAAUGUUAAAAUGAUGGAUAGAAACCACCAUAUCUACGAGAUAAAAGUCCGCGCGUCGGGGAGGCGGGUUUUAUUCCGCUUCAAAGACUCAAUGCUGAUGCUCAAGGGUUCGCUUGAUUCACUUUCAAAGAAUCUAUGCCCCGAACUUGGGUAUAAGGGUUCUAUUGAUUCUUUGAAAGUGAAUCAAGACACUCUCAGCAAUAUGAAGGAGGACUUGAGAAAAUAUCUUAAGCAGGACGUCCUUCUCCUAGGGGGUGUCAUGCAAAAACUGCAAGGGUUAAUUUGGGAUGAGUACGGGGUGGACAUAGAAUGUAAGCUCACCCUUCCAUCAUUUGCAAUGCUCCUCUUUCGUAUGAAGUUCUUGGAUGCCGAUAAAUGGCACAUCUACAAAGCUAGCGGGGACGAAGACACCUUUAUAAGAAGUGGUUACUACGGUGGUCAUGUGGAUAUCUUCAUACCGUUUGGUAAAAACCUAUACUACUACGACAUAAACUCUCUCUAUCCCUUUGUGAUGAGAGAUAGCCCCAUGCCCGUUGGGACUCCUGUCUGGCAUAGUAAUUUGAGUGAGAUGGACUUAGAUAGCAUCUUUGGAUUUCUCGAGGCCGUUGUGAACUGCCCCCGGAAUAUCAAGAGGCCCUUUCUUCCUUUUCGAAAGAGAAAAGAUAGUACUCUGAUCUUCCCGACUGGUAAGUUUAGAGGGGUUUACUUUAGCGAGGAGUUAAAGUAUGCUAGAACCCUGGGGUACACUGUAGUCCCAAUCGAGGGAUACCUCUUUGAGAAGAGCGAGGGAAGCCCUUUUGAAGACUAUGUUAGGUCCCUCUCGGAGAAUAGGAUAAUAGCUAAGCAAAAAGGGAAUACUGCGAUACAUGCAACUCAAGAGUGGUUUGAGUCCCAGUACGUCGACCCAUCUCGAAAACUCAAUGUAAAUGUGGAUAACAACUUCGCGCUUGAUUGGAGGUCUUUCGCCGUCCAGAAGAAAACUACAACAUACAAGCUCGGGAUUAACCCUGAGGCUAAGAGAGAUUUAAUAUAUGAUGAUAAGGGUUUAUGGGUUGAUACAAGUCCUAUUCAUGUUGAGCUUGAUGAUGAUACAGCCCUAGGUGAUGGUAAAUCUAGACAAAUAGUCCAAGCCUUAAUGGAUAAUAUAAAUGACUUAAUGGAUCAGAUAAAUAAAUUGAAUAGAAAACUAUUGGAUAUAAAAGAAGAAAGAGAGAUGACAAAGCAGGAAGAAGGAAGAGAAAUCACUAAUAAAGGAAGCGGGAUGACAAAGGUUGAAGAAGAAAGAGAGAUUCCAAUGCAGGAAUUCUAA